AUGCCUCUAAUCUCCGAAAACCAAGACCUCGCCGAAGAAAUUGAAGCCGUAAACGCCAUCUACGAGCCCGACACAAUAACCGUAACCCGCACAACCCCCGCAAACGCGACAACCAACAACACACUCGACCUAGGGAGUCCCGCGCACUACAAUAACAACAUCCAUACCACAGUGGUCACCCUCCAAAUCCCAGAACAACAACACCUAUCCUUCAUCCUCGGCUUCGAAGCCUCAUACCCAGACUCCCGACCCGUUGUACUGGGCACAGCAUCGACCGCCGCACGCGGGGAAGGCAAGAUCGCCAUCGAUGUAUUGGAGGAUAUCGUACAACGAACCUGGCAGGCCGGCGCCGUGUGUCUGUUCGAUGUAAUCAGCGAAGCCGUCGAUGUAUUCCCAGAAUUGAGUAUCGGGCAGGACGAUGUCGGGGACUCGUCUACUCAGACACCAACUGUCGACGCGUCGACCGCCACAGAUGCCUUUGAAGCUCUGUCCCUGCGCGACGCAUUCGGCCUGGAUGUCCCGCCCGAGUGGAUCCUCUCGGACGUGGUCUCCGAGAAGAAAUCGGUUUUCGUGGGCCGUGUUGCCCGUGUUACUUGUCUAGCGCAGGCGCAGGCUUUUAUUGAUCAUCUUACGGCUACGGAUCGGAAGGUUGCGGCCGCAACGCAUAAUAUUAGUGCUUGGCGCAUUCGCCAGAUGAAGGGUGCGGAUGGGGAGGGUGAGACUGUUGUUCAGGAUUAUGAUGAUGAUGGGGAGACUGCUGCUGGGGGUCGGUUGUUGCAUGUUAUGCAGUUGAUGGAUGUGUGGAAUGUUGUGGUUGUUGUUACGCGGUGGUAUGGCGGCAUUCAACUUGGUCCGGCGCGGUUCCGGCUCAUUAAUGAUGUUGGUCGUGAUGCUUUGGUUAAGGGCGGGUUUACUAAGAAGGAGGAUGCUGCGGGUGCAGAGAAAGGGAAGAAGAAGGGCAAGAAAUGA